ACCACCAUGGAGACCAUCCAUCGUUUCUCAGGCCGUCUACUUCCGUUAACUGUGGCACAGAAACAUAUAAAGUCCGCCCCCAUUUUUAUCCUGACCCGAAUACCCAUCUCACUACCCGAAUUCCAAACCCCUGCCGCCCCAUUCUCCACCACCCGAAAAUCCCGGACGUCCUCUACGGUUAGAAGGGCGGGUUGGCUUCUGGGUCUGGGAGAAAAGAAGAAAGUUAGCUUACCUAAGAUAGUAAAAGCGAGUGACCCUGUUUUGCAUGAGCCAGCCCGCGAAGUUGACCUAGAAGAAAUCGGGUCGGAGAGGAUCCAGAAGAUUAUUGACGAUAUGGUUAAGGCUAUGAGGUCGGCUCCUGGUGUUGGGCUUGCUGCUCCUCAGAUUGGAAUCCCAUUAAGAAUUAUAGUUUUAGAAGAUACAAGAGAAUAUAUCAGUUAUCAACCCAAGGAAGAAAUUAAAGCACAAGAUAGACGCCCUUUCGAUCUUCUGGUGAUUCUGAACCCGAAGCUUAAAAAGAAGAGCAACAAGACUGCACUAUUUUUUGAGGGCUGUUUGAGCUACAACAACCCCAAAUUUCACUGUGGUCUCCGACUGGUAUUCUGGAGAGACUCAAUUCUAAAUGAGUUAUAA